AUGGCUAAGUAUACUACGCCUUCCUUGAUAUAUCAAGGAGGUGCGCCGUACCCGCAGCCGGAUGUGCAGGAAUUGAGGGAUAGGAGAUACGAGACGAGACAUUUUGAUUUGUUGGAGUUCGUGGAGAGGUGCAUCGAGAAUAAAAGGGAGCCAUGGAUCGAGUUGCCCGGGGAAGAGAGAUCGAACGAAGGUCCUUCGACCGAGACACAGAACAGACCAGCAUACGACCUCGUCAUCGCCGGCGCCUUCCCAACGGGCCAGGGUCAAGUCCUUUGGCGUCAUCGUCAGCAGUUAGCACUCGCGCAACUUUAUAUUGUCAUGACGAACCUUAGGCCGGGAGGAUCGUGUGUCUUAGUGUGCAACACGAAGGCGUUCGCUUGGGUGGUGGAUCUAGCAGGGUUUUUGAGGAAGGUAUUUGGGAGCGUGAGGGCCUUGAAGGGCAAGGUGCUGCAUGCCAGGGUUCCGAGUUGUUAUCUCAUCUGCGAGAGUUUUGGGGGACGGUGUGAAGGGAGGGACGGUCACGGUGAGGGCGCGAACGUCGAGAUGGAGGGAGGGAGGACUCGGGUGAAGGAGGUUCUGGUCUGGGUGAAGGAGAGACUCGUGGAAGCUGAGGCGGAAGCGGAGUCAAGGGAAUCAGCCGGAGGUCAUGAUGAGGUCGAAGUUAGGGAUGACAGUAGCGACGGCCCAAACACAGCAGGGAAUGUGGACAACGUCGUCGGUGUGGGUCUACUCCCUGAAUAUCCCGAUCUGAAGGCUUUGUACGAUGGAGAACACGAAGCAUUAAUCCGACUCCUCGAGCCAUUAUGGGAGAAACAGACUCGAGCGAUGGAGGAUCAUAUGGUCUACUUAAGAUCCAAUUCGCGAUCGGGUCGAGGGGGCGGAGGGGCUUACCAAAGCAACAGGAAUUCCAGAGGAAGGGGUCGUGGUGCCAGGCGAGGCACUUAG